AUGAAGCUGCUCCUGGCCCUAGCAGGGCUCCUGGCCAUUGCGGCCUUGCCCCGGUCCUCUGACGGUGCCACUCCAGCUGUGCUGGGGGAGGUGGAGACCUCGGUGGUGCUGAGCUGCAUGGAGGAGGCCAAGCGACUAGUGGACAAGGCCUACAAGGAGCGGCGGGAAAGCAUCAAGCAGCGGCUUCGCAGAGGCUCGGCCAGCCCCAUGGACCUCCUGUCCUACUUCAAGCAGCCAGUGGCAGCCACCAGGACAGCUGUGAGGGCCGCUGACUAUCUGCACGUGGCCUUGGGGCUGCUGGAGAGGAAGCUGCGGUCCCUGCUGCCAGGGCCCUUCAAUGUCACUGACGUGCUGACACCCGCUCAGCUGAGAGUGCUGUCCACGGCGAGUGGCUGCGCCUACCAGGACGUGGGGGUGACGUGCCCAGAGCGGGACAAGUACCGCACCAUCACGGGACACUGCAACAACAGACGCAGUCCCACUCUGGGGGCCUCCAACCGGGCCUUUGUGCGCUGGCUGCCGGCCGAGUACGAGGACGGCUUCUCGCUGCCCUACGGCUGGACGCCUGGAGUCAAACGCGGUGGCUUCGCGGUGCCACUGACCCGCGCCGUCUCCAACGCGAUCGUGCGCUUCCCCACCGAGCAGCUGACGAUGGACCGCGAGCGCUCCAUCAUGUUCAUGCAGUGGGGCCAGUUCCUCGACCACGACCUGGACUUCACGCCCGAGCCGGCUGCGCGGGUCUCCUUCAUCACUGGCCUCAACUGCGAGACCAGCUGCCUGCAGCAGCCGCCCUGCUUCCCCCUCAAGAUCCCGCCCAAUGACCCCCGCAUCAAGAACCAACGCGACUGCAUCCCCUUCUUCCGCUCCUGCCCGGCCUGCACCGCAAGCAACAUCACCAUCCGCAACCAGAUCAAUGCGCUCACCUCCUUCGUGGACGCCAGCAUGGUGUACGGCAGCGAGGACCCCCUGGCCGCCAAGCUGCGCAACCAGACCAACCAGCUGGGACUGCUGGCCGUCAACCAGCGCUUCCGCGACAACGGCCGGGCCCUGCUGCCCUUCGACACCCUGCACGACGACCCCUGCCUCCUCACCAACCGCUCCGUGCGCAUCCCCUGCUUCCUGGCAGGGGACACCCGCGCCAGCGAGAUGCCUGAGCUCACGUCCAUGCACACCCUCUUUGUGCGGGAGCAUAACCGGUUGGCCACCCAGCUCAAGCGCCUGAACCCCCGCUGGAGUGGAGAGAAGCUCUACCAGGAAGCCCGGAAGAUCGUGGGGGCCAUAGUGCAGAUCAUCACUUACCGGGACUACCUGCCCCUAGUGCUGGGGCCAGGAGCCAUGAGGAAGUACCUGCCGAGGUACCGAGGCUACAAUGACUCCGUGGACCCACGCAUCGCCAACGUGUUCACGAACGCCUUCCGCUACGGCCACACCCUCAUCCAGCCCUUCACAUUCCGCCUGGACCACAAGUACCGGCCCACGGGGCCCAACUCCCGUGUCCCACUCAGCACGGUGUUUUUUGCCACUUGGAGGGUAGUGCUGGAAGGCGGCAUUGACCCCAUCCUCCGGGGCCUCAUGGCCACCCCUGCCAAGCUCAAUCGCCAGAAUCAAAUCGCGGUGGACGAGAUCCGGGAGCGGUUGUUUAAGCAGGUCAUGAGGAUCGGGCUGGACCUGCCUGCUCUGAACAUGCAGCGGAGCAGGGACCAUGGCCUUCCAGGGUACAAUGCCUGGAGGCGCUUCUGCGGGCUCCCGCAGCCCAGCACAGUGGGUGAGCUGGGCACGGUGCUGAAGAACCUGGACCUGGCGAGGAAGCUGAUGGCGCAGUACGGCACGCCCAACAACAUCGAUAUCUGGAUAGGGGGCGUGGCCGAGCCCCUGCAGCCCGGAGGCCGCGUGGGCCCGCUCCUCGCCUGCAUCAUUGGUACCCAGUUCAGGAAGCUCCGGGAUGGUGAUCGGUUUUGGUGGGAGAACAGGGGCGUGUUCAGCACGCAGCAGCAGCGGGCCUUGGCCAAGGUCUCCUUGCCCCGCAUCAUCUGCGACAACACAGGCAUCACCACCGUGUCCAAGAACAACAUCUUCAUGUCCAACUCCUUCCCCCGGGACUUUGUCAACUGCAGCUCUCUGCCUGUUUUGGACCUGGCUUCCUGGAGGGAGAGGGCCUAG